GCAACUAUGAUGUCCUGUCCCUUGCCGCUGCCGCUGUUGCCGGCACUGCAUCCACAGCCUGCGUUGGCAUCAGAUUUUCCUAUCCAUAUUGGAAUAAAGAGAGGCUCCGACGAGCUUCUUUCGCAGAGUGGCGUCACCGUCAUGGCGCCCGCCGCUCCGCACCACGCAGACAACAAUAAUCAGGACUCCGCCGCGAAAAAGGUGAAACUGGAACAAAAUGUGGGCAAGCCGUCGCGCGUCAUUCACAUACGGAAUAUACCCAAUGAAACGACAGAGGCGGAGAUCAUACAGCUCGGGUUACCCUUCGGGCGAGUCACUAACGUCCUCGUACUCAAAGGGAAAAAUCAGGCGUUCCUCGAAAUGGCGGAAGAGAUAGCGGCUGUAGCGAUGGUGGCUUAUUUCGGCGGUUGCGUGGCGCAGCUGCGCGGUCGUGCCGUCUACGUACAGUUCUCCAACCACAAAGAGCUCAAAACAGAUCAAACGCACAGCAAUGCAUCGGCGUCGGCGCAGGCCGCACUUCAGGCGGCUCAAGCCAUCUCGAACAGCGCGGGCGCGGCACUCGUCGCAGGCGCAGGCGCCGCGCUGCAGCCGGCCAACGGCGGCACCGAAAUACAGGGUGGACCUAACACAGUGCUGCGUGUGAUCAUAGAACACAUGUUAUACCCGAUAGUUCUCGACGUGCUCUACUCUAUCUUCCAGCGGUACGGGAAGGUGCUCAAGAUUGUCACAUUUACUAAAAAUAAUUCAUUCCAAGCCCUUAUCCAGUACCCAGACACUGUGUCGGCACAGACGGCGAAAACGGCUUUAGAUGGGCAGAACAUCUACAACGGGUGCUGCACGCUCCGCAUCGACUAUUCAAAGAUGACGUGCCUCAACGUGAAGUACAACAACGACAAAUCGCGGGACUACACCAACCCGACGCUGCCCUCCGGCGACGGCGAGGCGCACCAGCUGUUGACCAGUGAGUUGAUGCCACUGCGGGCUCGCCUCGCCCUGGCCCUCACCUCCAGGAUGAGUGGUGGGGUAUUGGCACCACCUUUCUUGGGCCUCGGUUCAGGCCUAGCCUCACCCUACGGCGUCGGUGUUGGCGGAGUUGGGCUGCCAGCUUUCGGGGCACUUACUCUAACUCCAGCCUCUCCUGCCCUGCGAGCCCUUGCCGCACCCCCGUUGCCACUGGCCACAGUGCUCCUCGUCUCCAAUCUCAACGAAGAGAAUAACACUAGUAAUUAUUAUAUGGCUCGGAUUGUAACACGUGUUUCUGCUAUAGGCGUGUAUGGGGAUGUGCAACGGGUGAAGAUCCUCUACAAUAAGAAGGAUUCAGCUCUUAUUCAGAUGGCGGAACCACAUCAGGCUCAUCUAGCCAUGACUCACAUGGACAAGCUCCGCGUGUUCGGUAAAGCCAUGCGUGUGAUGCUCAGCAAGCAUCAGACAGUGCAACUGCCGAAAGAAGGACAGCCAGACGCUGGUCUCACCAGGGACUACUCCCAGAGCCCACUGCAUAGAUUCAAGAAGCCCGGCAGCAAAAACUACCAGAACAUUUACCCACCAAGCGCCACGCUUCACCUGUCCAACAUUCCAGCCACCGUGUCUGAGGAUGAUAUCAAGGAAGCGUUUACAAAGAGGGGAUUCACAAUCAAGGCAUUCAAGUUCUUCCCAAAGGACCGCAAAAUGGCGCUGGUGCAACUGCCAUCCAUCGACGACGCGGUGGCGGCCCUCAUCAAAAUGCACAAUUACCAGUUGUCCGAGUCCAACCACCUCAGAGUGUCCUUCUCCAAGUCGAGUAUCUAAAUGGCCCCACCAAGUCUUCAGAAUAUCACACAAUUACCAGUCGCGACUUCUCUCGACGCGGACAUCGAGUCUACGCCUCACUAAAUCUUUGACUUCACUGACGUGCACAUUAGUUAAAUUAUAUUUUAAAAAAAACGAGGCACGUUAAAGACUCGCUACCGCAAUUGCGACUGCCACCUUACCUCUCAUACAAAUCGAGAAUUUCACUCGACUGAAAUUUAAGAUAUAAUCUGUAUUACGCUUACUCGGAUCAGUCUAGAGAUUAAGUGCUACUCUAUUUUCUUAUUAAAAUACGUACGUUUACUGUUACCGUACAUCUAAGAUUGUCGUCAUCACUUGCGAAUGGCAGCUAAAUGCUUUACGAUUAUUUUAUCUUUGGACCUCUUGGAUUUCCUCAUUUGCACGCACCAUCAGAGAGGAUUUACUAUUUUGUGUGAUAUUCAUUCCAUAUUUUUAAUGUCAUAAUUUUAUUUUUAUAAAAAGAACUAUAAUUAUUUCCAGUGAUUUUAUACUAUUGAAUGAUUUCCAUAUGUAAUACUUAUUCAAAAUAUCAGAAUGGUAUUCUGCAAUUAGAUUGCGCUAGAUUUAUUUUCAUUUGGCAAUUAAUUUGUGUACGUACCUUUAUGCAAUGUGAAACAUUGCUUCCAUUAUGGUUGUUUGAGUGGCAGUCUAUUUUAACACCACCUUAAAAUUUAAUUAAAUGCAGCUAUAGCACAUUGUUGAGAAGUAUUUCUUUGUCACAUAUAAUUUGCAGUUAUUACUCUUAACAUUAUAUUUUAUAAAUAUAUUUUAUGCUCUAUUUUAAUAUGCACAAUUUAUUAUUAUUGUAUUUCUUUAUAAGUAAAAUAUAGUUUUGUACGCAUACACAUUAUCCUUACUCUAUAUUAUUACUGAAAUGUUAUGUUUAGAAUGUGUAUGUGUGUGCAAUAUUAGUUGUAUAGGGAAUAAUUUUAAUAAUAUAAACAUAACUGUUCGUUCAUCACCGGUCGAGCCCGGUCUCUAUACUACGGUCUUAUUGAUGCUUCCAUAUCGUUUCGUUGAUAGGAGAAUCUUCUGUUCUUUGUAACAAUCAUAGGUCUUGGAUUAGUUAGUGUAAUCACGACUCUUAAUGCUAAGCAUCUAGUUGAUAUAUCACUAUAUAAACGUUAUGUUCAGGGACAUAAUAGUGACAUGAUGCAUUUAUUUCGAUGUUAAUUUAUGUUAUUUAUAGCACCAACAUACAAUAAAUGCUCGUGCAUUAGUUUCACUAAGCCGUUAUAGUAGUAAAAUAAUUAUUUAUUUGCCUUUGGAUGGGGAGCACAUUAAGGCGCGGUGUGACCAAUAUGCGAUAACGUAUUUUUUUAGAAUAAUUUUCAAUAUAUUAACUAAGAUAUUGGUGCACCGACGCCGAGUUAACACGGCGCGGUCUAAAAAGUAUUAGCGAGAUCUGAUUACGCACUAUAACAUAUUUAAUCAGCAGUAUUUACACUAGGUCACAAUAACUUCACUAUAAACAGUAUUUUAGUUAAAUAGCUCUCCUUCGAUAAUUAUUAAUUUUGUAUAUAAACAAACUCCAACUUCAAUGAUUUGUAUUUCUCGCACUUUACUAAGUCCUCGAUUGGUUUUCACACAUCUUUGCCUUCUUAAAUUUAUUAAAAUGCGUCUAGUCCAAUGCAAAAGAGAUUAAUUAUGUGGAUUAAGUGAUUUUAUGUUAUGGAAAUCUAAUUAUUUUCUCAAAUAACGAAACUCUGGUAAGGAAUGAUUUUGUAAAGAGUUAAUAAAAUGUUAUUUAUUGUAACGAGAUUGGUCAUAGAGUGAAGCGCAAGUGAGAUACGCUCUAAAUGUGAGGACCAGUGUUAAGUGUUCAGUUACACGUCCAGUUUUUGUGAUUAGGCAAAGCAUGCGUGAAACAGAUACCUGAAUUAUGACAAGUUAAGAAUUCAAUAUUGCCGAUUGCCAAUGCAUAUGAAAGUCGCAGAAUAUUGUGAGGAAAUUGUACCUACUCUUGGCGAUGCCACUGUCGGUUUUGGCCGCGAAUUAUUUGUACAAUACGAACCUUUAGCAUGGAGGUUCUUUUUAAAUUUAGACAAGCUGAACAACUGAACGGGCGCAUAUGGCAAAAUAUCCACGGCCCAAAUAUUCGACACCCGCGAAGAUCUAUUGCCAUUGUGGAAGGUUUCAAGGCCG